AUGGUGGUUUUCGCGUGCAACGCGUGCGGAGAGUCUGUGAAGAAAGCGCAAGUGGAGAAACACGUGAACGUCUGCAGGAACUGUCAGUGCCUUUCCUGCAUGGAUUGCGGCAAGGAUUUCUGGGGUGAUGAUUACAAGGAGCACGUGAAGUGCAUAAGUGAAGACCAGAAAUAUGGUGGAAAAGAUUUUGAAGCCAAAACUAACAAAGGGUUUGUACUGUAUACUGAUAUGAUAAAUAACUUUCAUGAAGUAAUGAAGAAGCCAAACAUUAGCCCUAAAGUGCGGAAUGUCCUGCAGCAAAUGCGUGUCUUUGAUAAUAUUCCAAGAAAAAAAGUAAAGUUUCAGAAUUGGAUGAAGAACAGUUUGAGAAUUACUGACAGCACUUUGCAAGACCAAGUGUGGGAUGUUUUCUCUGAUGCAACCAGAAAUAUUUCAAGUGAAAAAGAACAAGACAAACCACAACAGAAGAAAGAGGGGCAGUCUGCUGAAACUGGGGAAAAAACAACAGCAGAAGAAAAUGGAAUUACAGAUGAUAAAAUUGAGAGGAAAAAGAGUAAAAGAGAACGAAAAGAAGAGAGACAAAAGAACAAAAAGAAGGAGAAAAAAGACUUGAAAUUAGAAAACCAGUCAGAAGUAAAAAAGAGUAAAAAGUCAAAAAAAGGAAAGGAGAGCUUGGAGAAUGAAUUUGAAGUCAAUGGAAAUGGCCAUCAGAGUGAAAUAGAAGAAGAAAGAAAUGUAAAGAAACGCAAACAUAAACACGCAGAAGAGGAACCUCACAUCACAACGAAGAGAAUGAAAACUGAAAACGUUUCUGAAGACGUGGAAACAGAAAACACCAAUGGCAACGAAGAAAAUGUGGGAACAGAUAAAGGUAAAUUCAACUGGAAGGGAACCAUCAAAGCUGUUCUGAAACAGGCUCCAGACAAUGAAAUUUCAAUUAAAAAACUCAGAAAAAAGGUUAUAGCUCAGUAUUAUGCAGUAGCUGGUGAACAUCACAGAUCAGAAGAGGAUAUUCUAGUCAUAUUUAAUAAGAAAGUGAAUAACAAUCCCAAAUUUAAAGUUCUAAAGGACAAAGUUAAACUCCUGAAAUAAGAGUUUGCAUACUUUUCAUAACCUUUGCAUUUUAAUCUUGCAAGCUGAGUCAAAUUCUUCUGUCAGCUGUACAAAUACCAUGCGGUGAUCUCAAUUUAAAUUGUGUAUGUGACAGCAGAAUUUAACUUUUAAGACUGGAUUCCUCCUCUUUUUCUAGAUAUAUCACAGAACAUUUUCAGAUAUUUUAUUUUUUGAUUUUAUGGAAAAUGUAUAUUUUUUGGUACAA